UAACACUUACAAUUAGAUGAUACUAUAAUGAUAACAAACGUCUUUCAGUUCCAGAUCGCGUCAAGUCCAGUGUCCAGUCAGUUCUGUCAAGCCUCUCCUAACCUGAAAAUUUUUCGCGCAUGCGCUCAAUCAACAGUGGCGCGCGCUAAAAUUUGAAAUUCAAAUUUUAACGGUUACAAAAAUUAAACGUUACAAAAUUCGAAGUUGAAAUAAUACUGUAAAAAUAUAAUAAAUAGAAGAUAUCGAUUUCCACGUGUAAUUCUAAACACAAAAUACACAAAUUUUAUAAAAUCGAUCUAAAAAGUUUUUUUUUGCGGUAGAUUUUAAAAAAUUUUUUUAAAGUUUAGAAUUGCGGUAUUUCGAUGAAUAUUGCGGAGCUAUUCCCUUCGAAUGUAAGAGUGCGCCGAUCGGUCGAGGUCUUAGAUUUUCCGCGAUGGAAAAGAAUGCCGCGUUCACCAUGAGACGCUUUCGGUGCUUCGAGUUUUAUUAUCGUUUGCGAAUGCUGCACCAAAGGUGCAGUCAUAGCAUAUAUAUAUAUAUAUAUAUAUAUAUAUUCGUUCACAAUAUAAUAAUAACUGUAUAUAGGUAGUGUAUGCACAUGUACAUAAUUCUUUGAGCCGCGAACAUGAAGUGGCAUGAAGUGAAAGCCACGCUCGAGGGACUUGGGUUGGAGUAGAAUGUAAAGAAGCUGUGAAGCUGCUAGAAAGGGAAAUCGAACUUACUCUUCGGCUCCAGUCACUUCAAGGCGAGCGAAAAGGAAUGUUCUUCAUCGCGCUACUGUCACAGUGACAUCCUCGUUCUUUCGCGCCACUUCUUUUUCGCAUUCAAAUCUUGCUCUCAAAAACGAGGGUAUCUAAAUUCAUGCACCAGCGGAUCAUGUUAUCUGAUUAAAAUACAAUGGCGUGGAAAUUAAUUUCUUUAACCGUUGCUCUUGUACUUGUUUCAGAAAGUGCUACACAGAUUUACACAUCAGAAAAGCCUUCAGAAAGUGUAGAAUCGGAAAAGCCUUCAACAACAGUCAACAAUGAGUUAAUAACGCAAACGGUUUAUGGAUUUUUGGACUUUACGACAACUAUUGGCAAUACGGUGAUGGUGUUUAGUCCGCAGAGCGCCCCUGCAGAAGGCGAAAAGGAAAAAUCCAAUGAUCUACCUGAAGUUACGCCAAUCACGACAAAGCCAACGGAACCGCAGAAAAAGAAUCCCGAUAUUCAACCAAGCAAAACGCACAAAAGUGAAAAUUCACAAUCAGAGACAAAGAAAAAUUUGGCUAAAGAAACAAAAAUAAUUGUUAAUUCACUUGUACAGCCAAAUUCUGCCAUUAAAGCUGAAGUUCAACCCUCCAAAAAUGAUAAUGUUAAGACCCGAGUGGAGGUGGUAACGAAGAAUCCAGUGCUCUCAACGAUUGUUGAGGUUCGACCGAAAGACGACGUGCCCGGAGUAAAGAAUAAUUUAGCCGAACCCGAGUACGAUUUCCUCUCGACUCAACCAGCGGAAGUUGUGGACGAGACUUACAAACUUAUCAAUUUGAGGCCAUCGUCAAAGGCUCACGGCAAGCCACGACCAUCACGACGUGAAAAAGAGAACCCAACGGGUCUCGUCACGAAACUCGGUGGCACAAUCGUCAAAGACGGCUUAACCACUGUCCACGAAACAAGUGUAAUUGGCACUUACAUAAAUGGCAAAUACGCACAAGUUCUUCAAAGUUCCUCCCGAGUUUUGAAUGACGAGGAAGUUGCAGUUCCCGAGGGAAAAAUUAAACCCACAAAUUCACAGAGAAUUCUAAAGACAAUUGGUCCCCAUCAAAAUAAGGGGAAGAUUCAUUUAGAAGCAACGCCAACGGGUCCAACUGACGAUUCGGGAAUUCCCCUCGAGGGCCUUUUCAAUGGCCAAGGGUCAGUUCGUCCCAAUCGUAAACAAUCCAACAAUCUUCAAUCCCGACCCAAAUUUCGCAACAAAAUCACCGACGACGUGGAGAGUAAUGAAUCAUUACCACAGGCGCGUGCCCUUGGAAAGAAUCGACCAACCACCGCUCGGCCCAGUUACAAAAACAGACCGCAGACAACUACCACAGAACAGCCAACAACCAAAAGACGAGUUGGUUUCCGCCCAAACGGACAAUCGAGUAACGCACCCAAAUUUCCGAACAAAAUCUCAAAGUCUGAUUUAAGUUCAAAUCCCCUGCCGAAAUUAAAACUGCCUAGAACUCAAGGACGAUGGUCUUAUAAGACAACACCAAAACCAAGGAUCACUAUUCGUAAGCAAGCCGAGGAUGACAGUAAACCUCUGCCCACGGUACCGGUCUCCUCUUCCAAUGCACCACUUCAGGAGAUUACGUCCGUUCCGCAAAUAACGACCGUUGAUGAACAAACCGGUCCGGUUAUUCAGAGGAAGAUUCAAGAGGGCGUUGGAUAUGAUGACGAACUCGAUGAAAGUGAAAGUGAGGACGUGAGCAGCAUCAGCGUCCAAGAAUCACCAGCCACUGAACCAAUCAUUCCCGUCGAGACGCUUAAUGUUGAGAUUUCAACUCCCGCCGAAUUCAAUGAUAUUUACUUCGAGAUUGCAACUAUUAAGUCACCGUAUUCUUUCCAGGUCGGCAGUGUAAAGAACACACGUUUCGUCACCGUCACCUCAACGAUCAAGAAAUCAUUUGCAACCGCUGAUCCCAGCACAUCGAUAUCACCCACCGAACCCCUGACGGAAAAUAUUUUAGCUAACACUGGCGCCGCUUACGAGACGACACUGCCCCUUGAUUCAUCGAUUGCGACACUUCCGGCAAUAUCCCUAGAGUCGGGUCAAGCAACCCCUCCACUGGAGACGAUCACCGAGACCUUCUCCACAACCCAAACUUUGCUGAAGACUCAUCUUCUGCCUGUCGUCGCCGGUGGAAAUACGACAAGACUGACUUUGGUUCAGACCUACAAUAUUGCCCGGAUCGUCACUGCCACUAAGACCCUACCACCCAUGGACAUCUACCAAUUUAUCCCCAGCAAGACCCUCAAUGAAUUCAACUCCAAACUCGACGAGGCUGGUAGUGAACUUCAUCUGGAGUUGGACUUUGGUGACGAUGAACGGGACGACGACGAUAUUCCCAAGAGAAUUCUGGCGCCAAGCACUGAAUUGGACUCGGACCUCGAUCCCUUCAAUUUGAAAUCAGCAGCAGCACCGAAACCAGCCAAGGAACCAGCAGCAACAUCUUCCCCUGUUCCAGAAUCGCAAUUCACUCCGGAUCAAGCACAACAGCUGGCGCUCCUGAAACUCUUCGGUCAGGCACAACCCCAAGUGAUCACAACCUCCCGGCCGUAUAUCGUCCUGGAGACAAUCUACGAAUCGCACGUGAUUCCUCUCGUAAACAAUGGAAAUACCAUCUUCUCCACUCUAUCGAAACCAGUUGGCACAAUACCGAGAACGUCGUAUGAAUUCGGAACGACUACACUCUCACCAAUUCUUUCGCCACCAGUUCCUCAGAUUCCUCAAGUUCCGCAAAUACCUCAGGUACCACAGGUUCCUCUCUUCCCGCAACAGCAGCAAUUCACUGUCACCACUGCUCCGGUGGUCACUCAAACUGUCGCCACUGUUUCUGACUCGAGAGUCUUGAAACUUACAUUCGGUGCUAGAACCGCUUACACGACACUCUAUUCCACUAAGGUUGUGCCUACUGAAGUCACCAAAUAUGUGACAUCCACUGUGGCUCUUCAACCGACUGUUCCUGCUUUUCCGGGGUACUAUCAGCCUGUUGGAUAUCCGGGUUUUCCGUUUGUUGGUUAAAGCUAGGAAUGGAACUUUAAUUUAACUGGGUUUUAGAGGAGUGAAGGGAUAUUUGUAGGGAUUGAUGCUUAUAUACAUUCACGUUACUGUUUUAUUCUGUUUUGGGCCUAAUCUCUAAAUUCGCAAGCGAACAUGAUACAUGAGAUAGAGAUGGACAAAAGUAUAUCUCUAUUCUUUUCUAUCUCAUUAUCAAUAUAACUAUUCUUCUCUAACUCAUUCUUCCGUUUGCUAUUACGCUUCGGUUUAGGCUUUCACCGCUUGUGAGAGAGAUAAUUAUUUUGUGUUUAAGCGACGUUCGCACGACAGUUGUGCGUCAGCCUUUAUUCAUAUGUCAUGAACUAACAUCGAGAUAUUUCGAGUUCGAGUAU